AUGGCCGUCGCCCCGACCUCUCCCACAUCUCCAUUGCCGUCGCCCCGACCUCUCCACAUCACCAUGGCCGUCGCCCCGACCUCUCCACAUCACCAUUGCCGUCGCCCCGACCUCUCCACAUCACCAUUGCCGUCGCCCCGACCUCUCCCACAUCUCCAUUGCCGUCGCCCCUACGUCUCCCACAUCACCAUGGCCGUCGCCCCGACCUCUCCCCCAUCACCAUGGCCGUCGCCCCGACCUCUCCCGCAUCACCAUGGCCGUCGCCCCGACCUCUCCCCAUCACCAUGGCCGUCGCCCCGACCUCUCCCACAUCACCAUGGCCGUCGCCCCGACCUCUCCCGCAUCACCAUGGCCAUCGCCCCGACCUCUCCCGCAUCACCAUGGCCGUCGCCCCGACCUCUCCCCAUCACCAUGGCCGUCGCCCCGACCUCUCCCGCAUCACCAUGGCCAUCGCCCCGACCUCUCCCGCAUCACCAUGGCCGUCGCCCCGACCUCUCCCGUAUCACCAUUGCCAUCGCCCCGACCUCUCCCCCAUCACCAUGGCCGUCGCCCCGACCUCUCCCCCAUCACCAUGGCCGUCGCCCCGACCUCUCCCACAUCACCAUGGCCGUCGCCCCGACCUCUCCCCAUCACCAUGGCCGUCGCCCCGACCUCUCCCGCAUCACCAUGGCCGUCGCCCCGACCUCUCCCGCAUCACCAUGGCCGUCGCCCCGACCUCUCCCGCAUCACCAUUGGCGUCGCCCCGACCUCUCCCGCAUCACCAUUGGCGUCGCCCCGACCUCUCCCGCAUCACCAUUGGCGUCGCCCCGACCUCUCCCGCAUCACCAUGGCCGUCGCCCCGACCUCUCCCGCAUCACCAUGGCCGUCGUCCCGACCUCUCCCGCAUCACCAUGGCCGUCGCCCCGACCUCUCCCGCAUCACCAUGGCCGUCGCCCCGACCUCUCCCACAUCACCAUGGCCGUCGCCCCGACCUCUCCCGUAUCACCAUGGCCGUCGCCCCGACCUCUCCCCCAUCACCAUGGCCGUCGCCCCGACCUCUCCCCCAUCACCAUGGCCGUCGCCCCGACCUCUCCCACAUCACCAUUGCCGUCGCCCCGACCUCUCCCCAUCACCAUGGCCGUCGCCCCGACCUCUCCCGCAUCACCAUGGCCGUCGCCCCGACCUCUCCCGCAUCACCAUUGGCGUCGCCCCGACCUCUCCCGCAUCACCAUUGGCGUCGCCCCGACCUCUCCCGCAUCACCAUGGCCGUCGCCCCGACCUCUCCCGCAUCACCAUGGCCGUCGCCCCGACCUCUCCCGCAUCACCAUGGCCGUCGCCCCGACCUCUCCCGCAUCACCAUGGCCGUCGCCCCGACCUCUCCCGCAUCACCAUGGCCGUCGCCCCGACCUCUCCCCCAUCACCAUUGCCGUCGCCCCGACCUCUCCCCCAUCACCAUUGCCGUCGCCCCGACCUCUCCCGCAUCACCAUGGCCGUCGCCCCGACCUCUCCCCCAUCACCAUUGCCGUCGCCCUGACCUCUCCACAUCACCAUUGCCGUCGCCCCGACCUCUCCCGCAUCACCAUUGCCGUCGCCCCGACCUCUCCCGCAUCACCAUGGCCGUCGCCCCGACCUCUCCCCCAUCACCAUUGCCGUCGCCCCGACCUCUCCCGCAUCACCAUUGCCGUCGCCCCGACCUCUCCCCCAUCACCAUUGCCAUCACCCCGACCUCUCCCCCAUCACCAUGGCCGUCGCCCCGACCUCUCCCGCAUCACCAUGGCCGUCGCCCCGACCUCUCCCCCAUCACCAUUGCCGUCGCCCCGACCUCUCCCGCAUCACCAUGGCCGUCGCCCCGACCUCUCCCGCAUCACCAUGGCCGUCGCCCCGACCUCUCCCCCAUCACCAUUGCCGUCGCCCCGACCUCUCCCCCAUCACCAUUGCCGUCGCCCCGACCUCUCCCCCAUCACCAUUGCCGUCGCCCCGACCUCUCCCGCAUCACCAUUGCCGUCGCCCCGACCUCUCCCGCAUCACCAUUGCCGUCGCCCCGACCUCUCCCGCAUCACCAUGGCCGUCGCCCCGACCUCUCCCCCAUCACCAUGGCCGUCGCCCCGACCUCUCCCCCAUCUCCAUUGCCGUCGCCCCGACCUCUCCCACAUCACCAUUGCCGUCGCCCCGACCUCUCCACAUCACCAUGGCCGUCGCCCCGACCUCUCCCACAUCUCCAUUGCCGUCGCCCCGACCUCUCCCACAGCUCCAUGUGUUGACAUCAAGCCUGGUGCUGAAAUAACACGUGAGCCUCCGGAAAGUGAGUCCACCAACACCAUAAUGGAUGCCCCUAGCUCGACUGACUCUAGGACCACCACAGCCUUCGGAACAGGUUCCACUCACCCUGGAACCAAGCAACAACUUCCCAACUGUCGUGACUUCAAGCAAGGUGAUGGAGGCCAUGCCACCCACCACCAGCACUCCAAAGACACCGGUGGCCGCCACAUGGCCUCCCUCCACGCCGACAUCAACGCGGCAGACUUCCACCACUCCUCAGAUGACCACGUGCUCAAGAUUGACCACCGCUCCAGGUUGUAA